GGAAGGCAGUCCUAAUGGCGGAGAAUGUACGGUCGCCUUUUGACUACCGGGAGCCACCGACCCUCGACAGCGACGGGGAUGGGAGCAAACCGCCGCCGCCACGGGGCCGCGUGUGUGGGAGAAAAAGGAAGGGGACACCUGUGAAGGUGUGUGACCGAGCAUAUGUAACAGAAGAUGAGGAGGAGGAGAGCAUGUCAGAGCACAGCUACAGCCCUGGUAAUGGCCAGUACCCAGAGGGUGCCGAAGACCGCCUCCCACCACCUGGCAGUCCCUACUACCUGCCUGAUCCAACUCAGCUCUGUGUGCCAGAGUUGGGGGAAGAGGGGGCAAGUGGUGUUAGAGGACCGGUGCUAUUUCAUCCGCCGCCGAACUGCCGAAUUCGAGAAGUCCAUUGUGGGACCCAGGUGCGGUUGGUUGUCAUAGCAAUCCGAGAUAUUGCCAAAGGGGAGGAGAUCACAGUGGACUACAGCCUGACGGACUGGGGCGAGAAUGCAAUGGAGGAGGAGGCUGGCCCCCACCCGUUGUCCCUCUCUGUCUCUGAUUACUUGACUCCCUCCUGGUCAUUAUCACCCUCGUCCUCACCGCUCACACACUCUGAACCAAGUGAUUCAGAUCGAGAGGAGGAUGAAGAGGAAGAAGAUGAUGAUGAUGACGACGAUGAUGAAGAAGAGGAAAUUGAGGAGAUACGGGGAAGAAUGCUUCGCCGCCGCAAGAAGCGCAAGAUGCCCCCAGCGGUCAAUUCAAAGAAGAGGGGCGCACCCACCUCCUCCAGAGGACCAGGACGCCCCUGCUCCUCCUUCUCCCGCCCAGCACCUGUUGCACCCCCAACUAGAUCCCAGCCUCAGCCUCCAGUGAGUGCCCUGGCACCCCCAACCACUAACAUAAACAAUAACAUUAAUAUAAACAUUGGCAGCUCCAGUGGUACCACAGUAAGCCGACGGCAGCACUGCCCGUACUGUGGCCGCCACUUUCGUUCCCUGGCACGCCACCUGGAGAAACAUCACGCCAACCAGCCAGAGGUCAGAACAGCCAUGGAGCUGUCACACCUUCACAACUCUUCAAAUGGCAGUGCCUCACAACCCCACCCCUCGUCAUCCUCCACCUCUGCUACUCACAGUCAUUCCUUUGCUGUUCCUCAGCCCUCUGUCUCAAACCCAAAUCCACCCUCUCUCUUCCCCAGGGAGAGGGAAUCCCCAGCUACUCGCUCCAGCACAGGCAGCGUCUCUUUCUCCCUUUCACUUUCACCUACGGCUUCAGCUCAGUCUGCAGCUGCCAAGAAGGGGCCUAGCUUACCAGCGCCCACCAGAAAAUUCCAUGCGCCCUCUAUGGUGUCCCAGGUAAAGAGUCCAUCACCACCUUCCCCACCUACUCCCAGAAGGGGUCGCAGGAUGAAAAAAGAAAAACAGGAAGAGUUGCAAAAGGUAGAGGUGGACAACUUAAGAAAUCAAGAAGACCUGGUUCCACCUCCUACACCAGAGCCAGACGUAGAUCCAGAUGAAGAACUCGAGCUAAGUGGAGAAGGUGAAGAGGAUGCUCCAGAAGAAAAGAAUGGAGAGAUUGUAAGCACUCACAGACAUCACAUGUUUCCACUACUCUCUUCCCUUUCUUGUUUGGUCCUCCAUCUUCGUCACCAACAGCACUCCUCUUUCCUUUCUUUAACCCGUUCUCCUCACUCUGCUGAAGCCUGGCGCUUACUCUGCCACUCCAGCCUCUCCCUGCUCAUCCUCUACAAUCGACAUCGAGAAUGUGAGGUGGCCAAGCUCACUGUCCAGGAUUACCGCAACCGAAUCACACCCCAGACCAACUCCAGCACCAGUUCCCCGUCUGGCAUGGAAACCCUCCUGUCUUCCUUUGAGCGUCAGGUCCUCUGUCAUCUCCCGCGGGCUGGUGUCUUGGGCAAGCGUGGUCGCAUCCAGCCGCUUAUUCUCCCACCUCACUGUGAGUCCUGCCUGGACCUGCUUCUUCGAACCAGCCCCAAUGUGGGUGUGGACCCCGAGAGCCCCUACAUCUUCUCCCGGCCCUACCACUCUCCUGCCACCCCUCUCCGGGGCACCGACCUCCUGAGAAACCUGGCCCGGGCCAGUGGGGCCAAAAACCCAGGUGCACUGACAGCAACACGAGUGCGGCGACAGGUAGCCAUCCUUACCCAGCUGCUGUUACUAGAGGAGGGGGAGGGCCAGAGUGGCGCUAUCAAACGGCUGGAGGACUUUCUAGAGCGAGAGUACCAUGUGACCCAGAACUGCUCCACUAUCAUACGAGAUCCAGCACUGAUGGGCCGUGUAGGCCGUGUUGUUCUCUAUGGAGAGAGGGAGGGUGUGCUUUUCAGAGGGAUGAGUCUGCAGCACAUCUGCCUUGAGUUGGACGUGAUGUCUGGCAACUCAGCAGAUUCCUUUUCAGAAGAUUCAGAGGCAGAAGAACAGAAAGAGGAUGUUAAGGAAAAGAAAGAGGUGAUGGCAAAAAAGAAAGGACCAGGCCGACCUCCACGGAAGAGGAGAGCACCCAUUCCUUCACCCACAGUUGGCCCAUCUUUAGCGAAUGUCCAUAAAAGAAGAUCUGUUCCUCCAAAAUCAGGGAAACGUGGUGUGCUGAAGCGUCCCUGGUCAGAGGCUGAGCGUGUAGCAGUAGAGACCCACCUAAAGAGAAACCUCAUCGAACUGCGUGUCCCUGCGAAGGCAGACUGUGAGCGCUGCCUCGAACUCUGCCCCCUGCUAGUGAGCAACCAGCGAGACUGGAGGGCUAUCAAGUUUUACGUCCAUAAUCGCAUUCAACUACUGAAGAAACAGGGAAGAAGGGAAAAUGCUGCAGCUGUCUGCUAGGGCACAACAGAGAUGUGUAUAAACCACCAGCAAUCACAAUGAAGAGAAAACUCUUGGUCAUGGUGUGUUUUUUCCUUCUCUUUUCUUUCAUGGGUGUAGUCCCUAAAGAUAGGUGCAUUUCUGAUCUCAUCCCCCUGAUCAUAUGGGAGUACAGGGCCCCAGACUAACUGCUUUUCAGUGGUAGCACUGGUGUGAACUUUCUCAGUUGGUCGCACCUCCCAUCUUGGCACACCUAAACACCUCACUUGCUGACGUCUUCUUACCGAUAGACACUAAAUUUAGCGACGUUCCCCUAAAUGCAUCGCAUUGCAUUGCAAGCUGCAGUAGAUGCUUCUUGUUGGCUGCUGACAGGUGUGUGAGCAAUAAUUACUUUGACAAGAGUAUAAUAGGGUCUUUUAAUGUUCGAUUUGUCCAAUACGACUGAUUGAGGGAUUUUAUCCAAAUGUGCUGUUUUCUGCAGAAAUAACUGCACGUGUAGGUGUGCGCUGCUUUUUACAAGCAGAGCGCAUUUCUAACUGUAAAUGCAGCAGUCAAUCAUGUUUAUAUACUGGUGGGAAGCUAAAAUCAUGGUUGUGAUUAAUAUACAUUUCAUUUUAUAGCCCCACUACUACACAAGCCAUUGUAAUCAACUAAAUAGCAUUUUUUCCUCCACCAGUCUGAUCAUUGUGUUCUGAUAAAGUUCUGAUUCUGAUGAGGUGUGUCUGAGGCAGACUCCUCUCUCUCCACCAGCCACUUCCUCUUUGCUCAUUUUGGUUUUACAAUAACUAGCUACCAACUGUUUUAUUUGUAGAACACAACAGCUAAACAGCUUGUUUUACACAUCAGGCAGGGACAGACUGACAGAAGAAAUAGAAGUACUACUUUUCACUACUAUGGCUAAUGCAGUAGUGAUGUGGCCGGCUAGAGUGACAUCAAAACAACUUAAUGAUCAUCAUGCACUUGCACAGAUGCGACCACUUGAAAGCUUAACUCGCACACUUAAAAAAUUACGUUGCAUAUGUGACCAUUUGGUUGCAGUCUGGAGCCCUGGAAUAGUUUAAUAAAGGUGACUAAGCUAAGAAUACAGGGGGGUUGCUCUAUUUAGGAAUAGUGCGUAUUCAGUGCUGCCGAUACUCAUCGUCUGUUUUUGAGAUGUAUUUUUAAGUGGUUGAACAAAAUGUACUGUUAAGUGUAAAUACGAGAUCAGACACAGUGAAUGCUUUUUUUUUUUUUUUUUUAAGAUUUUUUUUAAUGUCAUUUUUACUUUAUUAGAUAGUUGACGGUAGAGAAUGAUAGGGUAUAUGGGAGAGAGAAGGUAAAAAUAGGUCUGUGAUGUGGUGUGCACUUUAGACCACCAGGGCACAUUACAGCAAAUCGUCCAUGGUCUAGCAUUUGCUUCCACUGAAGGCUGAUGACCAAACAUGAAGCUUUGGAUAAAGAAACCAUUGGUUUUGAUCUUUAAUAAUCCCCACAUGUAGACAACAGGUCUUGUGGACUCAGAAAUGUAUUAUUUGUAUAGUUUGUGUUUGAUACUGACAUUGUGCCCGAAGCCCAUGGCACCCAACUGACAAGUGUAUUAAAAAAAAGUAUUCUUCAAAGUCUUUGAACAUAAUGCACAUGUGAAGUGUUUGUGCAUACCUUUUUAACAUGAUCAUAGUCAGUAGUAUGUAUCAAGGCACGUCUACUUGAAUUUAUUGAGUAUCAUAAUUUAAAUAUGAAUAAAAAAUCAACACAUGGUCUUAUUCACAAUGUAAAUACUUCCUAAUCUAUGAAGGUAUCAAGUAGUGGUUACAAAGUUGGUUAUGUGUUGGUAUAUGUACAUACUGUGUAUAUUAUCUGUACUGAUUAAAGUGUAUGACAGUUUG